GGCGGGAGGCAACACUACACAAAAAUUUAAAAAAUAAAAACAUUUAAAACACGCGCGUCGAGGUCGCGUAACGCAGACAGACAUCAGCCAAACGCACAGUAUCCACUCCCAGGUCCAGCGGCACCACACAAGUGAACGUAUCAGUUAAAUCUCUCAAGAGAGCUGCGGUUGGUAACAAAGAUGCUCGCCCUCACAGCCAGCCCUGCACCGUUAGCCUCCAAGUGCGGAAUUUUUACUCGCUUCAAAGUGAUGGCAGAGAAGUUUCCUUCGUUUCUACCAAAAGAAGUUGAAAACAUCAAAGACCCCUUCGCUCGUAAGCUGGCCGCUAGAAUCGAGAGGCUUCCCGUACAAGUCAGCUUCUCAGAGAGUAGUAUCAUGAGUAGUCUUGUGAAGCCAAUGAUACAAAGCACAACAAAUCCAGUGGUUCUCCUUCAUGGCUUUGACAGUUCUUGUUUAGAAUGGAGAUAUACCUAUCCAUUACUUGAGGAGGCGGGCUUGGAGACUUGGGCUAUUGAUAUUCUUGGGUGGGGUUUCUCUGAUUUAGAAAGAAUUCCAUCAUGUGAUGUGACCUCCAAGCGCGAGCAUUUCUAUCAGCUAUGGAAGUCUUACAUCAGAAGGCCCAUGAUAUUGGUUGGACCAAGUCUUGGUGCUGCUGUUGCAAUUGACUUUGCAGUCAACCAUCCAGAAGCUGUGGAAAACCUGGUUUUGAUUGAUGCAAGUGUAUAUGCUGAAGGAACUGGAAACCUUUCAAAGUUACCAAGAGCAGUAGCUUACGCUGGGGUACUUUUGUUGAAGAGCAUUCCUCUACGCUUGUAUGUGAACUUUUUGGCUUUCAAUGGUAUAUCAUUAGAUACCAGCAAAGAUUGGACAAAUGUGGGCCGUUUGCAUUGUCUAUAUCCUUGGUGGGAAGAUGCCACUGUAAAUUUUAUGAUUAGUGGUGGUUAUAGUGUCAGUGCUCAGAUAGACCAGGUGAAGCAGAAGACACUUAUCAUAUGGGGUGAGGAUGAUCAGAUCAUUAGCAACAAGCUUGGAGUUAGAUUGCACUGUGAAUUGCCGAAUGCAAUUAUACGCCAAAUACCAGACUGUGGUCACCUUCCUCAUGUGGAAAGGCCAAGUUCAGUUGCGAAGUUGAUAUUGGAAUUCAUUAGAGAAAAUUGCAACAUAGAAGUUCAAUGUGUUUCUCAGCAUUGAAGGUCUAUUCUCUUAUCUCACCGAUUUUAUUUAGAUUGUUCGCUGUAUGUAUGAAGUAAUAUAAUUUAAAAUCACCGACCUGCUGUAGAAUAGGUGCAUUUUGGAUCCUGUAAAGUUGAAAUUUUCAUCC